AUAAAAGGAAGACAACAAUUUCAAGAAUAUUUUUUCUGCGAAAUAGAAUCAGAGGUGCGAGUAAAUGGGGAGCGAUAAGAAGACGACGGAGGAGAAGAGGAAGCAUAAGAGAAAUUCGCCUUCUUCUCCACGAGAUGAAGUGAAAAGCAAACGCCAGAAUAUCAAAGGGGAUGAAGAGCGAAGGAAAGAAAAGGACAAAUCCAAGAAGGAGAAGCACAAAUCCCAUAAAUCCAAAUGUCAUUCUAGUGAAGAGAAGAAGUCAGGGGAAAAGCACAAAACCAAGAGCCACAAACAUAAGGAUAAAUCGAAAAACAAGUUUGAAGAGUUAUCAAAAGAUGAUUAUUUCUCUAAGAACAAUGAAUUUGCUUCUUGGCUGAAAGAUAAGAAGAAUUUGUUCUUCUCAGAUCUUUCGUCUGAGACUGCACGCAAUUUAUUCUCUGACUUUGUCAUACAAUGGAACAAGGGAAAGCUUGACAGCCAAUACUAUGAGGGAAUUGCAACCGGGCCUCGGUCAUCCCACGCUUGGAAUAUCAAAAACAGAACAUGCUUAAGCCUUAUGAAGAUACUUUCUUGGAUGCCUGGUAAAAUCACCCUAUCUGUUAUUUAUCAAGGCCUUCGGGUGCUGAGACGGACAGUACUUAUGAUUCACGUAAACUCAAUAGUUUUUAUUCAUACUUUCGAUAUGUAUUAAAAACUUUAUUAAA